CGGUGUAAUGUCUCACCGGUGAGGGACUGUGGGCUUGGAGAUAAAAAAGCUCGACUCCCCCCCCGUCUCUCGCCACUCAGCCGCCGAGGCCGGGCCACGCGGAUGCACACCUGUAGCUGGGCAGCGGUCGCUCUGAUCCAUGUGGAGCUCGCCGUUCCCAUGCUGAAGAUCGGUGCGGAGCAACGCGCCCUCUCACUUCGGUCAACUUUUUCUCCUCGCGGGGGGCCCGAAGCUGGAAUCCGCGGCCGGAGUUGAGGCUUCUGCUUAACUUGCUGAGAAAGGUAUACAAAUGCUCUCCGUCCAGCCGGACACCAAGCCAAAAGGCUGUGCCGGCUGCAACCGGAAGAUCAAGGACCGCUACCUGCUGAAGGCCCUCGAUAAGUACUGGCACGAGGACUGCCUCAAGUGUGCCUGCUGCGACUGCAGGCUGGGCGAGGUGGGCUCCACGCUCUACACCAAAGCCAAUCUCAUCCUGUGCCGGAGAGACUACCUACGGUUGUUUGGUGUAACAGGGAACUGCGCAGCCUGCAGCAAACUAAUUCCAGCCUUUGAGAUGGUCAUGAGGGCCAAGGAGAACGUCUACCACCUGGACUGCUUCGCAUGCCAGCUCUGCAAUCAGAGGUUUUGUGUGGGAGACAAGUUUUUCCUGAAGAACAACAUGAUCCUGUGCCAGACAGACUACGAAGAGGGGCUGAUGAAGGAGGGCUAUGCUCCCCAGGUCCGCUGACCCUCAUAGGCCAACACGGAGGAAGAGGAGGAGGAAGAGGAGGAGGAAGAGGAGGAGUGGGAGAAAGGGAGAGACCGAAGGAGAGCUUGCAAUCACACAACGAAAAGCACUAUUGCCUCCUGUCCAUCUCCUGUCCCCCACAUGUACAUAACUAAGCAAGGCUCCCUGGGAGGGGACACAUUCUGCUGUACAAAAUAGCCAUAGAGACGCCAGUGUGGCAGGGAAAGGCCCUUGAAGCAUACAACAAACUACAGCUAUGAAAAAAAAACAGUUUGUCCAUUUCUUUGUUUGUGACUGACGGAUGCUGCCUUUUUCCUUCUGGCCAACAAACACCAGCCUCAGAGCAAUUUCUAAGCAACAGGUGUUCUCAGUUGUUGGGGAAAAAAAAAAAAAAAAACCCACCCUAAACCAGACUUGUCCCAU